CGCUUGUUAUUCGUAAAAUGGCAUUUGUUCGUGCUCAUUGUGUUCGCGGUUCCGUUAUCCGUUGAUUUUUUUUCUAUACGUUACGAAUGGCAGACAAAGUGAAAUAAAGAGGGAAAAGUGUUUUAUCCUAUUGGAAAUAGAAAAUUGGGUGUAAUAGGUGUCAAUAUAGCAGUAAGUUAACUCUGGGCUUAAAUAUGCCGAAUUCUUAGUACAUGAGUUAAGAAAAGCUUAGGCAAAUAUUUGAAGCGCAUAGUUAUGCCGCAACGAAAAGGAUAAAAGAAAUAUUUAUGUUAAAAAAGGUAUCGCGUCUACAUGCAAUAAAAGUUUACAAAUUGUGCAAAUUCAGCUUUUGGUGAGACAAACGAAAAUUUGAGAAAAUUGUGAAGACGUUUAAAGUGUAGUGCAUUGAUAGUGAGUGAAGAAAUAAAAAAAGUAUUGGUGGAAUUGUGAGCGGGACUGGCUAUGUUAAGACCAGUUCAAUCAAAUGUAUUACUAUCCUAAUUGAAAAUCAGACCCUUGGAGGCACUUACACCCUUUCGCUCAGAUCGACGAGAUUUUUUCGGCAUUUUUGUAUCACAAGUGCGUAUUGUGUGUUUCGAAGGAUACGAUACAAUACAUACAACAAUACAUAACAACGGAAUCGCCAAAACAAGCAAAACGAAUGGGAGCAAACAGGACGAGACAACAAAAUAUACAGCAUUGCCAGAAUUAAUGAUUUAAUUUCAGUUUACGAAAACAAUUGAACAUUAGAAAAACACGCGCACCAACAAAGCUUCAACGAAACCAAAACGAUAGCAACAACGGAGCUGAACGAAAAUUCGAACAAUUAACAAAAACAAACAAAACAAAAAAACAACACAAUUGCGAUUUUGGAGAUUUUGUUCUCUGCCAAUUAAAACAUUAGCGAAGAAAUAAGCAAAAGUUAAAAAUACAAUAAUUAAAAAGCUGAAGAAACAUUGAAGAAGAAAAUAAAGUUAGUGAAUCAAAUAUAAUAAAAACACAAAAAUGUCGGAACGUCAAAAUAAUUUAAGUAAUUGGCCGCAGCUUUUGAGGCGUUUCAGUUUUAGAAAAGAUAUAAGCGGUUGAGCCAUCGCCAUCAAUGACCGUGAAGUUCAUCGUCAACGUAGCAGAAAGUAUACAUACGCGUACAUAUGUAUGUAUUGCAUGUAUCACCAAUCGAAUCAGUUAUGAUAUAAUAGUGGAAAAAAAUCUGCCAAUGAUAAAGUCAAGAGGAGCAGUAAAAGCGAGUAAGAAAGAAACAACAUAAAGCGUUAACAAUUAGAAACAAUUAUUGUAAUUGUUAAAAAUUGUCAAAACAUUUUUGCAAGCCGCAAAACAAAAACAAAAAAGCUAAGUGUUUUUCAAAAGCAUACACAUACAUUGAGAGAAUCUAGCAAGAUGGAUUUGAGCUUGGAACGCGAUAGCUCUUCGGCGCUGGGCAGUCUCUUUCAACAGAUCAUCAAUGAUUUGAAGAAUACAUCACCGCUCUGGGAAGAUUUUGUUACCAAGGCCACGAAGUUGCAUCAAUGCUUACGUGCCGCCAUUCAGGCAAUCGCCGCAUAUUUGGAUGCGUUCCAAAAAAUCGCAGACGCAGCAACAAAUUCAAGAGGAGCUUCCAAGGAAAUUGGUACAGCCUUAACUCGUGUCUGUCUUCGGCACAAAGCUGUCGAAUCGCGUCUGAAGACAUUUACAACAGCAAUAAUGGACUGUCUUGUACAGCCACUGCAAGAUAAACUAGAAGACUGGAAGCGCUCAGUGAUUACCAUUGACAAGGAACAUGCCAAAGAGUAUAAACGAUGUCGCACCGAACUGAAAAAGCGUUCUAGCGACACCUUACGUCUGCAGAAGAAGGCACGCAAAGGUCAGUCGGACUCCAUACAAUCGCUCAUGGAUUCGCACAUGCAAGAUGUGACCUUGCGGCGCGCUGAACUGGAGGAGGUCGAAAAGAAGUCGCUGCGUUCGGCAAUGAUCGAAGAGCGUUUGCGAUACUGUACGUUUGUGGACAUGCUGCAGCCGGUAGUGAAGGAGGAAUGCGAAGUAAUGUCCGAGUUGGGACAUUUGCAGGAAGCAAUGGAUUCGAUUGCUAUUGUAACGAAAGACCCCAGCGUGUUGCCGCAAGCAUCCGAGGAGCUUAUACAUGACACAAAAGCUACAAUGACACUAUAUCCCGAGUCUCCGGGUGCCGGUUCGGGCUCCCAAGGCGGUUGCUCCAAUUCAUUGGGUUCACGCAAAAGUUCCGUUUGUUCCAUUAGCUCCAUGAACAGCAGCGGUUCAAGCAAUUCACCGGGACACCACCACUAUCCACGUUCGCUAUCGCAGUUAAUUUCGCCUGCAAUACGCUUGAAACCUGGUGAAUCCAGUGAUAGUGGCUUUUGCUCAUCGCCAGCGCUAACCACACAGGCUUCCACUGCCAAUAGUCAAUCACACGCUGUUUCCACUUGGCCUCCACAUUCCCAGGAUGCCGUUCCUGUGUUGCCACCUGCCGCCGAUCGUCCACAUACCAUUUCAACCGCCUACGAGAAGGGGCAUCAACGGCCACCCCUCACCGUUUAUACGUUCCAGAAUCCGGAGACCAUAUUGGAGGGAAGUGGUGGCAGCGGCAGUAUACCGGGCACGCCAAAUGGCACUAGCGGUGGCGCUGGAUCUGGCGCCAAUACACCAUCCACCCAGAAGUCGCCAGCCGGUGCGUUAAGUCGUCCACCUUUGCCUGUGCGAUGUUCCUCGCUGGAACGCCCACUUUCGGCCAACAAUAAUCGCAGCACCAAUAAUCUCUUGCAGCGUCAGUGCCCAUCCCCAAUACCGGCUCAUAUAACGAAAGAGCUAUCAGCGCAUCAUGCACAACAGCAACAUAUGCAGCAACAGCAACAACAAAAUCAAGUGCAGCAUCAAUUGCAGACCUCUUCACAGCCACCCACUUAUGUCAAUAUGUCUGAGCUGGCCAAUAUGGCGGCGUUGAAAGUUACCAACCAACCACAACAACAACGGCCAGUCGCUGCAUUGCAACAACAACACUCCAUCGAUUCUAUUUCCUCGCAGUUCUCGAACGAUUCGAACGCUUCAGGUCAGCACCAAUCGCCACAACAACAAAGUGUGAUCGUUAGCAACAAGACACGUUCACAUUCCGUUUCUUCUUCAUCUGCGUCCUCGAAUACACCCUCGCUGCACUCCCAUCCCUCCAUAGAGUCCGGUACCGUGGCCACACCACUUGUUGGCCAGACACCAACUCCAUCGAGCGGCAGUUCAACACCGCAAAACCAUUAUUCGCCAUUGUUGACCAAUUCGCCGUCGUCAACUGCGGCAGGCACACCAAGUGGUGGUAGCGUAACGAGCGGCAUGUUGAGUGGUUUCGUGUAUAACGUCAAUUCACCGACACCACCACAAAGUGGCACAGCCUCAAUCGACAGUGAUGUGCUGAAAAUCACCGAAGCCGAUGGUGGUCAACCCCCACACCAACCCACUAACGAAUCUAACUCACAGCAACAACAACCCAACAAUACCAUAACCACUUCCAUAAGUAAUGCUACAACCACCAACUCCCAAACCACACCCACCGAAAUGCCGGAGCAAGAGCAUUCGAACGCCACCAAUUUAACAUCUACCGUCAUCGAUACAGAAUCACCGACUAUUGUCGAGAACGACGAACGCUCGCGCGCCUCUGUGCUACAGAAAGCUUCUAUGUUCGAGAAACAAGCAGCCGCCGCCGCAGCAUCCACCGCAGCUGUCAGCACUGGACGCUCCAAUACCGAUUCCAUACAGGGGAUACGCCGUGCACCGGAGGACGUUUACCGCGCAACAAAUACUGGCAAUCAUUAUCAGCAGCCACUGCAACAGCAACAGCAUCAGCAUCAACAGCAACACUCGGAGCAACAGGAUGUGGAUAAAAGUUUUGAAGAUUCGAUCCAAGAAUUAAAUAAUUUAAUUGGCGAAUUAGACUCGUUUCAACGCGAGAUCGAUGCAAGCAAGCGUUCAACAACAGCUACGCCAGUCACUACAGCCCCCACAGUAUCAACGGGUGACAAUGUCGGCGAUAAUUGCGGUGAUCGCCCCUUCCCGUUGGUCAGCACGAGCAGCAGCAGCGGCACAAGUACAGGCGUGGGUGACUACAAUGAUGUGGGAAACAAUGGCAAAACAGCAACAGCGCCAACAACGACAGAAGGAGGCAGCACUGGCACGUUAGCUCGCCUAACAGUCGUUUGCGCCUCGCGUCCGCCCAAAUCACCACAAUGCAGCAGCAAUCAAACAAGUGGCUUCGGCACUGAUCUUUCCGAUGUUACCUCCGAUGACAUUGCCGCGGAUGUGGGCUCAUUAUCGAGCAUAAAUAACAAUAACAACAAUCGCAACACCAAUGGCGGCAAUAACAACGAACACAGCACAUGCGCCAGUAGCAGGGAAGGCUGUGGCAAUGGCAAUAGUGGGCGCCCACUGCAGCAAUACAAUUCUGAUUCGGAGCUGAGUCGUUGUUAUGUAAGUGAAACGAGUUCGCUGGCGGGCGGCUACGAGAAUCCGACAUUCGAGCACUUCGCCACAACAGCGUCGUCGUCGUCGAUAGCCGCCUCAUCGGGCGUGGAUGAGCCCGCCGAUGUGGGCAGCGUUAUCGGCGACAGUCGCUCGCUGAUGGCUGUGUCAUCGACAACAACAGCUGACGAUUGCGUCUCGCACACAUCGUACAACAUAGACACUGGCAGCGAUGGCGGCAGCAAUGUUGUAGUCAUCUACGAUCACCAGAUACCCAUUACACCAGAUAUUGACUAUGUCAAGCAGAAUUCCGAGAUUGUGGUGCUGCGCACAAAGGAUCCGCUACAGCAACAGUUUGCGCGACAGGAGAUGCGUGAAUUGACACAGUUGCCGGCUAAUCUGUGUGCGUCGUUUGAUGCGGCGCCUGCUCUAGGAACGGGCAUGAUGUCCGCUCUGGCGCUGUCGUCAACGUCGUUGUCUAGUUCAGUGCCUACCUCGCCGCCGCACACCGCGACCGUGGCGCCUGCCAAACAGCGACUCUCCUCAUUCCGUGCGUCCAGCGAACAACAAUUGCAGCUGCUCGGUUGCGGCGAGCCCAAUAAUAGCGGCAGCGAAUUGUCACUAUUGCGCGCACCCCAUCAACAUGUAUAUGCAGGUACGCCUCACACGCAGGAAGAAAGCAUGGGAGGUAGUAGAAGGGUGGCGACACCAAAUGCACACAACAGCGAUACCAUAAUACGGCGCAAAGCAGCAAUACCGCCAAAACCAAGUUUGAGUAUUUUCAAUGGCCAAGCGGCCGACAAUUUAUUAGAGGCUAAUAACGCGCGUAAGAGUAGUAGUAAUAGAGGUAGUUGUCAAACGGCGGGGGAUAGGCUAUCGGCUACGGCCGCGCCUACACCACCACCACCGCUUUUGACGAAGGCUAAUUUCAAGGCCGAUUUAGAUGCGCAAAUUCGCAAGCAGAAGUUGAAAUUACAACUGCAACUACGCCAAGAGCUGUUGCAACAAAAAGAACAGCUGCUGCAAGAGCAACAACAAUUACAACACCAAUCACCCCAGUCAGCUGCCAAUAACACAAAUAGCCCAAUAUACCUCAGCAAUCACAACCACAAUCAUAGCCAGAAUUACUCCAAUACCACCAACAACAUCACUACCACCACCACAACGACAACCCCAACAGCUAAUGGCAAUCGAUAUAGCAGCGGAGCCAACAGCAACAGCAACAACAAUAACAAUAACUGUAAUGCAAUUAGCUUUAGCAAGCGCAGUUGUAGUACACCAAUACCAAAUUCAACACCAACAAAUCCUAUAACUACAACUGCAUCUGCAUCCGCAUCCGCAUCCGCAUCCCCUGCAUCGAAUCAUUUGGCAUUCGUAGUGAAAGCUGCAUCAUCCCAUCUCACGACUACAUCCGCAUCCUCAUCUGCAGGGCCUCAGCUUGUCCAUCAAAAUGGUACUAAAAGUAGUAGUAGUAAUAAAAACGUAUCAGCAUCUUCAUGUGCAUAUCCUAAAACAAGUAAACAAAACCAUUCUAAUCGCUCUCAUUAUCAAUUUCAUGCGCUGAAAUCACACAACAACACCAACCACAUCGCCAACAAUCUUCAUGCCAAUUCACGCCCCAAUCGCUCUACAUCCAUGUCAUCAACACAUCAUCUGCUGCCCGCAAAUCGUGCCUCUCCAUCUCCAACUUCAUCUUCAUCCACAUUAUCAUACCGUUCGCCAUUAAUUCGCUCGUCGACUGAUCGCGGUGUCAAAUGCCAACCAACGUCACCAUUACCUCCAUCACAAGCACCAUUGAAAUUGGAACAAAAAAAACAAAAACAUCAUACCCACAAUGAAACUAAACAUUCUUUAUCAUCAUCGCCAUCCCCAUCAUCAGUGUCAGUCUCUUCCUGUACCUAUGCGUGUUCGUCUACUUGUGCGCCCACACCACCCAUCCAUACCCACCAAUCAACAGCUUCCGCCACGGUCUCUGCUGCAUUCGCAUCCACCUCCAACAUAAAUUCCGCCAUCGCCAAACCGAACAUCACACCGAGACCGGCUUCGUUGUCGGGAGGCGUGACACGCAUAGCGCGGCGCUCAUCAGUGAACACGGCCAAGCCACCACCGCCAGUGCGUCGCAGCUCAUCGGUGACGCCGAGUCAUGAAGCCACAGGCACUGGGGCAGCACAAUUGCCACAACAACAUCCAAGUCAAUAUCAACAUCCUCAACAUCAUGCCACACAACAGGCCUAUCAGCAGCCGCCAACGGCAUCACAUAAUUCCCAAUACGAUUCCGUUGAUUGUCUGCCACCCCCGCCCGCUUAUCUGCUAGACACAAGACCAACCCAAUCGACACCCACCCCACCACCUCCAUCGGCUAUUUCGGCAACAACAGCAAAGGUGGCAACUAUGCUCAAUUCAUCAAUGAAAGUCGCUGAGACGGUGAAGGCGCUCUCGGCCAUGCGCCACAAGCCCGCUUCACCGAAUGCGAUCCGGCACAUGCAGCAGCAACACCAGCACCAACAACAACAACUGCAGCACCAGCACCAACAGUUGCUGUCACCACUUCAGGCGCUGCAGCAUUCACCAUCACAAACCCCAACACCGACAUUGAUACCAACAUCACCGUCACCACAAUUACAACAAAACAUUUACUCCACCACCGUUAAGACCUUUUCCUCUACCGCUUUGCUGCUGCCCAAUACUGGCGACACUGAACAGCCGCUCCAUUACGAUGCUUAUUCAUACUACAACCCAUAUGUGGAGGUUAGAACCCAACUGACCGCCACAAAAAUGCCGCUUACUAACGCUAACGAAGCUGCUUAUCAAACUUUGCCAUUAACACCCAUUUACUAUUGUGACGGCGCUCAGCCAAAAAAAUCACAACAGUUACAGCCAACACGUGAAGCACAACUGCAGGACGCGGGAUACGGCGGCAGUAAUGCGUUGAUGCGAGGUACUUCUAUUAAGACGUCAUCCCAACCAGUGUCACCAUCGUACACCUCACCACCACCUUAUGACUUCCAGCAUAGUAAAAUAGAGCUACCACCUCCUUUACCGCCACCCAAUCCUAAUCAACAACGUUCGCUUAAACAACAGCAGCAACAUCAACAACAACAAAAACAUAUUGCUGAUCAUCAACACACUACACUAGCAGAUAAUUCACAACAAUGCAACCAUCACCAACAACAAAAACGACAGCAACAUGAACAGCUUUACGAUUAUUUGCCGCCCCAUCAGCACCUCCACUCUCCCAAGCAACAGCAUAAACAGUAUCCGCAACAACAGCAACAGCACAUAGAGGCUAUUGUCGACCAUGAAGAUGAAGCGCCUGUGUAUAGUGGGGACAAAGCCACUUUUCGCACAUCAUCGCUUGGCAUUUAUGCGCAGCCGAAAAUCGUCACGAGCAUGUCGAGCUUCCGCUCGGCUAGUCCAGCGCCGAAUGAGCAUCAUAACCAGCACCACCAUGUCAUACCACCAACCCAACCGAAAACCAAUCCGAAUCUAAUCGCACAGCUCAAUGCCCGACUGAACAAACAGAACCAACUACAACAGCAGCAGUAUAACGCAAGUGAUGGCACCUAUGGUUCAACGCCGAACUCACCAAAUCAUCACAAUUUGCCUCACCAGCAUCAGCAUCACCAAAGUGAGCCCGUUUACAUGAGGAACUACACACAUCCCCUUCAUCAACAGCAGCAAAUGUCAGCCACAAGCACCAACGUCGCAACGCAUCAGCAGCAAAACUAUGACGCCAGUUAUGCCAGCUCGAAUAUUGAGAAAGCCGGCAGCAUUCGUUCGAAAACCAAAGCUGAAUUCCUCGAAAAUCUCAAUGCAAAACUGGCCAAGCAGGGCCUAUCCGGACGAGCUUUCGCAGUGCGCAAUCUGAUUAAUAGUAAAGCCUUGCCCGACCCUCGCAUUUGUCACGAAUCGCUGAUGGACCAAAUCAAGCGUGGCGCUACGCUGAAACGCAAUCAGAAAAUAAACGAUCGGAGCGCACCGAAAAUACACUAAGCUAAGCGGAGCGAGGGCCUACACGGAGCUAGAGGCUGCAGCAGACAGGCGGCGAAGAAACAGAAAUGUUAACAUUUAAAAUAUUACAAAUCGACACAAGAGGACGAAUGCACGAUUUUUUCCUUGUUUGUGGUCAGCGCAUUGAGGCCAAUCCAACAUUCAGACUGUUUUUGUCGUUAGCCGACGCUAUUGGGGAAUACGAAAUACAAUUAUUUAAUGCAUACCUACAUACCUACAUACAUACAUGCAUACAAAUAUAAAAAAAUACAUAUUGCAGUUAGUUGUAAGCGAAGAGAAGAAAGUUACAUUUACGUUAAUUUAUAAAAAGAAGAAAGAAGGAAUGAAGCAGAGAAAUACAGAAAAUAAAUGUGAAUUACAGAGAAACUGUUCCAUAUCUACAUAUGUAUGUAUAUUAAUUUAUAACAAAAAGAAGUGAAGAACUGAAAAUAUAAUUGAAAAUUUUGGAAAUAGCAUAACAAAACAUGAAGGAUUGAAAAUUUGUUAUAUAAAAUAUUUAUCAUUUAUUGCAUAAACGCACCUACACCUACAUACAUACUUACAUGUGGACUGUUCAUUGUGGCGAUUUCCUAUAGCUGCGUUUCACUUCUUUUCUCCGCUUUGCGAUGUUAUACAAAUAACUGAGUGAAAAAAUAAUAAAAUUGGAAAUGGUUAUAUUUUUUCAGCUGAGGCACAAUAAAAAAGCUGAUCUGUAAAGAAAUAUUGUGCGGCCACUAUUACUAUGAACAACACAAGCACACAUACACAUGUAAGGUGUAGGUAUGUAUGUGUAUAUAUGUACAUGACUAAAUUUGUUCAUCUGUUCUUAGAACAGCUGAUUAUCCUUAUCGUUUAUCAUAUCGCAAUGCAGUCAGUGCUUUUAUUUUAGAAUUAAAAUUCAAAAAAUGAUCAGUUAACAUUUUUUUAUAUGUUUACUUAGAAUAAACACACAUAAUCAUGUGUUUAUCCUUGUACGUACCACAUUUACCUAUACCUAAACCUAUACAUACAUACAAAACGGAAACGCAAUUGCAAUCAUAAAUAUCCGCAUUGCGUAUUCACAUAAUCAACUCGAAUUUUUACCAAAAAAAAAAAAAUAGUUAAAAGAAAAAAGAAAAAGUAUUGCAUCGUAAAUCAAGAAAAGGGAGCGCGAGCGAAGCUUUUGCAGAAACGGCAUAUUUCGAAUUAAAAUAUUUAUGUAAAAUUUAAUAUUAUAUAAUUUCUACUAUCCUUACAUAACCACAUUUGCGAUUUGAUUUCAAUUCAUGGUUUGUAAUUUCCAAUGUAUAUAGCGCGUAUUUCUGAUUAAAACAAUGUUUUAACUGUUAAUGAGUGUAUUUACUUUUUAUUAAUUAUUAAUUUAUAUAAAAUAAACAAAUUA